CAAUCCUCCCGAUUUUCAAGUCAUUUAUUUUAAUAUUUGAACAAAAAGAACCGAAGAUUCACAUUUUAUACGAUGAGCUAAAAUCAGUGGUUAAAUCUUUUUUAGGCUGCUUUAUGAAGCUAGAACUAAUUAAGGAUGCAUCGGGUAAAAAACUAACAAUGCUUGACGUAACAGACUUCAAAUUUCACAAAAUUCAAAAAGAUUGGUACAUUGGCAAAAACACAAACACAGCUCUUCUCAAAUUUAGACUUGAUGAUCCUAUCCGAACAGAGUUUGAAUCGCAUGUUAAAAGAGCAUUUCUCGAUGGUGCAAAGUAUAUGCAAAAAAAGAUUCCUUUAUCGAACGAGUUAUUAAAACUACUAUCCUCUAUUGAUCCAACGUGUGUUGGAAGUACAGUUGCGUGUCGAAUGACGCAGAAGCUGAAAGAAUUUUUUCCUAACAUUAUAAAAAUUGACGAAGCAGACUUAUUUGACAGGGAAGUUGUUGCGUUUCAUCUCGCUAAAGACUUACCAGCAGUAAAAGGAAAAAGACUUGAUCAAUGGUGGUCCGAGGUUUUUGUAUUGAACCGAUACAACUUACUUACCAAGGUUAUUAAAGCUUGUUUGUCAAUAUUUACUGGACCUAUGAUAGAACAAUCGUUCAGUACCAUGAAUGAUGUCAUAAACAAGAAGACAACCCGUCUUAAUGUAGAAACGUUUUCGGCAAUUCAAACAGUUAAAUUUGAUUUGCGUUCAAAGAAAAGCAACUCUAUAACUCAAUACCAUCGUCAAAACUUUUUAAAGUCGCCAAUUAAUAAGAAAUUAUGCGAAAAAAUGAUACUUUCGAAAAGUGUAUACGAAAAGAGACUUGCAAUGGUACGACUGGACAGAAAACGAAAUAACGAUGCAAUAAAUUUUGAACCACCGACAAACAAACUGAGAAAAGUUUCAGUCCAUAAGCGAAGUGAUUUACUUAAAAAAAAAGUUUUAAAACAAUAA